AUGGCUAUCAGGAACUUCAGGGGAUUAGUCCACAAGAGGACCAAAAAGUUUCGCCGCUUCCAUUCCGAUCGCUUUAAGCGUGUAAAGGAGAGCUGGAGGAAACCCAAGGGUAUCGAUUGUAGGGUCAGGCGCCGUUUCAAGGGCACCGUACUCACACCCAAAAUCGGUUAUGGUACUGACAAGAGGACACGCCACAGACUCCCAAGCGGAUACUACAAGGUCCUUAUCAACAACCCAGCUGAGGUUGAUGUGUUGUUGAUGCACAACAAAACACACGUGGCGGAAAUCGCGCACAGCGUAUCUGCAAAGAAGAGACGUAUCAUCGUUGACCGUGCAAGGAAGCUCGGCGUUAAGGUUACAAACGCUAGUGCCAGGCUCAGAGUAGAAGAGAAGGAGUAA